AUGGCAACUGUCGAUGAGCUGAAGAAAUUGAUACAAGACACACUGGAACACAGGGGUGUACUCAAUGACUUAAAGGCAAAAAUUAGGUCAGAAGUCUUUAAUUCUUUAGAAGACAAAACAAUGAAAAAACCAGAACUCUCUAACGAAAAUCUCAUCAUUAAUGAACUUAUUAGAGAAUAUUUCAGAUUCAACAAAUAUAAUUAUGCGGAAUCGGUUCUAGUUGCAGAGUCUGGACACCCAAGUGUUCCCCUCGACCGGGAGUUCUUGUCGCAAGAAUUGAAUGUUAGUGCAGAAGCAAAGCAACUACCAUUAUUGUAUAGUUUAGUUAACUAUUUUUCACAGCGUCACAUGCAUGAAGCGAAUCAAAAGCAAUCGGGAACAUCUACACGAACGUAUCAACAUGAAAAUCGAUAA